AUCGGUCCGAGAUGGCAGAAGUGAAGGAAACACUCAAGAGACUUCAGAGCCAAAAAGGAGUGCAAGGAAUCAUUGCAGUGAACACAGAAGGCAUUCCCAUCAAGGGCACCAUGGACAAUUUCACUACUGCACAAUAUGCCAGCCUCACGCACAACUUCAUCUUGAAGGCACGGAGCACUGUGCGUGAAACUGACCCCCAGAAUGACCUGAACUUCCUUCGAAUUCGCUCCAAGAAAAACGAAAUCAUGGUGGCACCAGAUAAAGACUAUUUCCUGAUUGUGAUUCAGAAUCCAACUGGAUAAGGCACUGUUUUGGCUUCUUGUGUCAUUCCUUAAUGUAAUGCCCCCCCAAGAAUAAGUGUUAAUCAUGUCAGUGGGCACAUGCUGGUUGCCUAAGAGCCCGUGUCGGCCAUGCCAUUGAUGAAGGGUAACUCUGCCCACCCCACCAAGUAGGGCCUCUGAUGAUCCAGUCAGUUCCCAGGGAAGCCCAGUUCUCGUUUCCAGGCUUUGGAAUAAGAGCUUAUAAUAAGCCCACACCCAGCUUCCUUCUGACCGUCAGUUCACUUUGUCACCCUUGGAAAGCCUGUGUUUUUCUUUAACUAAAAAUAACUUCA